AUGGCCCUUGAUAAUUUAAUUUUCGCCCAAUGCAUCCUCUAUUUUUUGGCGUUUGUGUUUGGUUUUAUUGCCGUAGUGCCUCUCUCCGAAAACACGGAGGAUUUUCAUGGAAAAUGCUUGCUUUUCACGCGUGGUAUUUGGCAGAAUGAGAACAUCACAGUCUCAAAGCAGCGCUUUAUCGUUGAGGAGUGGGGACCGGAGUCUUCCUGCAGUUUCAUCACUUUUGUCGGGAUAGCAUCUCUCAUCCUGUCCGCAGUGCAGUCAUGGAGACUGCUGUUGUUUCUUUUCAAAGGCCACGACGAUUCCCUGUUCAAUGCCUUCCUGAAUCUGUUGAUCAGCUCCUUGGUGGUGUUCACAGUGUUCCUCUCUAGCACCAUCAUCAGUGUGGGCUUCAACCUGUGGUGUGACGCCAUCACAGAGGGGGGGGGCAUGCCCAGCAGCUGUGAGGAAAUGCAGGACACUGAUCUGGAGUUAGGAUUGGACAACUCAUCGUUCUAUGACCAGUUUGCUAUUGCCCAGUUUGGUCUGUGGGCAGCGUGGCUGACAUGGCUGGGCAUCAUGGUCAUGGCCUUCCUCAAGGUCUACCACAACUACCGCCAGGAGGACCUUCUGGACAGUCUGAUCCACGAGAAGGAGCUGCUGCUGGGACACUCGUCCCACCGGGGCUCCGAUGCCAACCAGUUGAAGAGUGGCAUGAUCUAACACCCAGAGGGCACGUGCACAUUAC